CGCAACGAUGCAUAUCAAACAGAUCACCAUCCAGGGCUUCAAAAGCUACAAGAACCAGACAAUUGUCGACCCCUUCUCCCCCAAGCUCAAUGUAGUCGUGGGUCGCAAUGGCUCUGGCAAGAGUAACUUCUUCGCCGCCAUUCGCUUUGUCUUGAGUGAUGCCUAUUCUCAAAUGGGCCGCGAAGAGCGGCAGGCUCUUAUACAUGAAGGUUCUGGAUCCGCCGUCAUGUCGGCCUAUGUCGAGGUCGUCUUUGACAAUACCGACCGCCGAUUCCCCAAUGGCAAUGACGAACUAAUUCUGCGACGUACCAUCGGUCUCAAGAAGGACGAAUUCUCUCUGGAUCGCAAGAACGCCACAAAAAAGGAUGUGAUAGAACUCCUUGAAAAUGCCGGCUUCUCUCGCGCAAACCCCUACUAUAUCGUCCCACAAGGUCGCAUUACACGACUCACCAAUAUGAAAGACUCGGAGCGUCUGGACGUCCUCAAGAGCGUUGCAGGGACGCAACAAUUCGUUGCAAAGAAAGAGGAAUCUCAAAAAAUCAUGGCCGAUACCAACAACAAACUCGCCGCGAUAGAUCAGACCUUUGAGCAGAUCAGCGAACGCUUGGCAGAACUGGAAGAAGAGCAGGCAGAACUACGUGACUUUCAAGAGCAAGACAAAGAGAAGCGUGCCUUGGAGUAUACACUGUUUCACCGAGAGCAGGAGGAGAUCAACAAAGCCCUUGCAGGUCUGGAGGAUCGAAGAGUCGGCGGCAUUGAUGAUGCUGAUGAAAGUCGAGAGCGUCACGCAGAAGGGGAGGAGGAGUUGGCCCAUAUCACUCAACAAAUCCAGCUUCUAAAUCAGCAGAUCCAAGCUGCGCGCCUCGAGAAGAAACAGUUUGAAGACGAAAGACGUGAAAAGGCAAAGGCACGAGCACAAGUGGAAUUAGAAGAGCGAAACCUUGCCCAUGGCCAGUCAGCCGCACAGCGGACUCGGGAAAGUCGUGAUCGAGAGCUGAAGCAAGUUCGAUCUCAAAUCCAGCAAAUCGAGAAAGAGCUCAAGAAAAUUAUCCCACAGUUCGAAGCGGAGAAAGCAAAGGAGUUGGAGGUGAAAACCACGUUAGAAGACGCCGUGGCGUCGCAGCAGCGGCUCUACGAAAAGCAAGGUCGGAGCGCGAGAUUCAAGUCCAAGAAGGACCGCGACAAUUGGCUGCAGGCUCAGAUUGGCGAGGCUUUCGAGUCAUUAUCACGGUUCAAGGCGACGCGGAUGCAAACCGCUGAAGGCAUUGCCGAAGACGAGAAAUUGAUCGCUGAGCUGGAGAAAGAGAUCCAACAGCUUCAGAAUCAGACCGGCGAGCACGACGACUCUUUUGAUCGCGAAAUUCAAGCAGCAAAUGAACGCAAGGACCAUCUCAUGGAUGAGCGGAAGCUUCUGUGGCGACGAGAAGCCCAACUGGGCUCCGAAUUUGCUGCGGCACAGGAUGAGUUGAGGAAAGCUGAACGCAAUCUUUCUCACAUGAUGGAUGGCAACACCAGUCGUGGACUCGAAGCUGUGCGGCGAAUCAAGCAGCAAUACAACCUUGAAGGAUGCUACGGCACUCUAGCAGAAUUGAUUGACGUCCCCCAGCAUCACACCGCGGUCGAAGUCACUGCUGGUGCAUCACUGUUCCACUAUGUGGUUGACAACGAUGACACUGCGACCAAGGUCAUGGAAAUACUCAACCGUGAACGUUCUGGGAGACUUACUUUCAUGCCGCUUAACCGCCUCAAUUCCAAGACUGCUAAUCUCCCCAAUGCUCAAGAUGCUCGGCCGAUGAUGUCUCUUAUCAACUACGAUCCCAAAUAUGAAAAGGCGGUCCAGCAGGUGUUUGGAAAAGCUAUCAUCGCACAAAACCUGAGUGUCGCCGCCCAGUAUGCGAGAACCCAUGGUCUGACUGCCGUAACGCCAGAAGGAGACCGUUCCGACAAGAAAGGUGCAUUGACUGGAGGUUAUCACGAUGUUCGGUCCUCACGGUUGAAGGCUACAAAGGCCGUUCUCGCCGCACGCGAAAAGUUCGAUGCGCUCCAGGUGGAGAGCAAUGACAUCAAGAAGAAAAUUGAGAAAAUUGACCAGACGGUGACCAAAUCAGUCGGUGAGGUUCAGAAGCUCGAACAGAAAAAGAACCAGUCUCAAAGCAACCAAAGAAUGCAGAAGCAGGAUAUCAGAAGCAAGUUUGACCUUCUUCAGCGGAAAAAGGACGACAUCGAAGCCAAGAAGAGACAAGAAGCGACCAUUGCAUCAAAUGUCAAGGCUCUAUCAGAACAACAAGCGGCAUAUGAGGCAGAAGUGGCUUCGGAAUUUAAGAAAGCGUUGACACCAGCGGAAGAGGCCGAGUUGGAAAGAUUGACCGGGAUCAUUCAGACCGCUAGAAAGCAAUACAACGAGCUCUCAGCCUCACGUGCUGAAACCGAAGCCCGUAAAGCUGACCUCGAAGUCAAGCUGAACUCAAGUUUGAGGCCACAUCUCAACGCUUUAGAGGCUGACGAAGGGGAAUCGGAAGGCGAUACUUCCAGCGCUCUUCGUGCGAAGCGUGCAGAUUUGGCCCGCCUGACCAAAGACCUUGAAUUGGUGCAAAAGACGAUCAGCGAACUGGACGAUCGCCUUGAGGCAGCCGCAUCAGAAGCAGCAGGAUUAGAGUCUCAAGCAAGCGAGAUCCGUCGGCGACAAGACGAGCUGGCCAAAGCCAUUGACAAACAACAGCGACGACUGGAAAAGUCUGUACAAAAGAAGGCCGCAUUGUUGGCAUCCAAGCAAGAUGCACUCGACAAUAUCCGGGAACUUGGGCCUAUUCCGGAAGAAUCACGUAUCAAGUAUCGGUCCACAGAUUCCAACACGAUUGUGAAGAAGCUGCAAAAGACCAAAGAAGCUUUGAAGAAAUACAGCUCCGUCAACAAGCAUGCGUUUGAGCAUUAUCGAAAAUCGGUCAAGCAGCGAGAAGAACUCGAGGCACGAAGAAGUGAUCUCUCAUCAGCCAAAACCUCCAUUCAGAAUCUAAUUGAGGUCCUCGAUCAGAGAAAAGACGAGGCCAUUGAGCGAACAUUCAAACAAGUCAGCAAAGCAUUCGCAGAAGUGUUUCAAAAGCUAGUUCCCGCUGGACGAGGUCGACUGAUCAUCCAACGAAAAACCGACGCUAAAGAUCCGGACAACGACGAAGAAGAAUCCGACCAAGAACCCGUUGCCAAACGCGGAGUGGAAAGCUACACUGGAGUUGGAAUCAGCGUCAGCUUCAACAGCAAGCACGAUGAUCAGCAACGUAUCCAGCAAUUGAGUGGAGGACAAAAGAGCUUGUGCAGUCUUGCCCUCAUCUUUGCCAUCCAAGCCACCGAUCCCGCCCCAUUCUACAUUUUCGACGAGAUCGACGCCAAUCUAGACGCCCAAUAUCGAACUGCAGUUGCCGAUCACUUGAAUUAUCUUGCCAACAAGGCCGACGAUGAAGAUGAAGAUGAAGCUGCAACUGGAGGACAAUUCAUUUGCACGACGUUCAGACCAGAAAUGUUGCGUGUUGCCGACAAAGUCUAUGGUGUGACAUUUGCACAAAACGUCUCCAGUAUUCGCGUCGAAACGAUUGAAAAUGCCCUUGAUUUCGUUGAGAGCCAGACUCAAUGAUCAUGUUGUGUAUGUAUAUAUUGCGGCACGGGUUGAUGGUUAUGGAUGUAAUGAGAUGAGAUGAAAAACAUGAUUGUUCUAUAGCUUGAUCAUGGUUGGGCUUGAACACAAGAUCAAUGUACAACAAUAUAGCUGUUCUGCAGAAUGACGAACAGACGACUUC